AUGAAUUUCAACCAUGGGUUUAUUAAGAAGAUAAAUGGUUAUGGGACCACUGGGCCUAUAAAUUUCACCAACAUUAAUUUCAUAUUCUAUACCUCCAGCACAGAUACGACAGUGAGCACAAUCACUAUCUUCCGUACAAAACAGAGGACGCUGGCAACUACACCUGUAGCCCAUCAAACCUGGACUCUGCCAGCGUCUAUCUUCACGUCCUUAACGUAAUUUGCAGCAAUCACCAUCAAUCAAGAAGCGUCUGGGGACUAGUGGAACUCCUCACAUCCAUAGAAAAUGGGAACUAAUCCAUGUCUUGCUUUAACUAAGAUCUAAUUGAGAAAAUACAUUCUAC